AGAAUUCGUCGAGGGUUGCACUGUUGGUGCAGCUGCCGGCCUUCACUAUGGAUGGGUUCGCCGAGGCGAAUUUGCUGCUGAGCUCAGCACUCGAACAGCUUGAUGACCUCAUCAUAAAUGGCAGCAAAACGACUGGCAGCAGCACGUCCCAAUCCGGUAAAGCAGUGGUGACGCCAGCCAAGGCUAUGCGAGAUAUUGAUGAAGGGCUAGAUUUGGAAAAUACGCAAGCCCACGAUGCUGAUGACGACCGUUCAACAAAAGCUAGCGACUGGAGCAGUAAGGAUUGGCGAGAUCAAACUGGCUCUGACGGCUCUUCAGGUGUAGAAUCGCCACCUUCGGACAUUCCUACUUCAUCCUCAUCGCUGUAUAAUCCACCUAAAAUCUAUAGCGAUUUUGUGAAGGCUAUCGAAGAGCACGCAAUUACGGAGCGACCGGAUUUGGAGACACAGCUAAAAAUAAUGCAAUGGCUAACUGGGCGUACUCCGAUGAAGUCCUCAUCAUUUGCUAGCGAUUUUCACGAGCAUUUCUCGCUCUCCGGCAGCUGCAGCAAUAGUCAAAACGAGGUAUUUGCUAAUGAUCAAGCCGUCUAUUUCCGGAAUAGCGGUGGAAGUGGAAAUGCAUUUCGAGAUUCAUUCAAAAUAAACAGGUCUCAACGAGUUCUGCUACCGUACGUGACGCAGUACUCAGAUUCUGGCUUCGAUUCGGCUUUAUCAGCCGGUUCAUCCUGCUCUUAUCUACCACCACCGCCACCAUAUCGUAUGCGUAGCAAACAGCAUAAAAUUCAUCGAAGUUCAAGCGAUUCGAAGUAUUCAACCCAACAAUCGACUAUUCCACCUUAUGCGGCUGUUCAACGUGCAAAGCAUGGUGCCCGAUGGAAUAGUCAGUGCAGUUUGAGUCCAUCACCUUCGAUGUCAACAGUGUCAUGCCCUGAAUAUCCAGAACUUCAAGAAAGACUUCAUCGACUUGCAAUGGCUCGAGACAGCCUUUCAUUGCAGGUUUCUGUCCUUAACGAGCAAGUCGGUGCCCAAAAAGAGAAGAUACGCGAUUUGGAAGCACUUCUAACGUUAAAACGAAACAGCUUGAAUUCCACCGAGGAACUUCUCCAAGAAAAGUACCAUUACGUUGGCGAUUGUUCGGAGUUGGAAUCGAAAAAACUGAACCUAAUGGAGGAGGUGUCGAGCUUGAAAUUACGUUUUGCCACGUUAGAGCAGCAAAAGAAUGAAACCGAGAAAAAACUGAAAAUGUCACAGAAUGAGAUUGACCACGUGAAUCAAUCUAUGCAUGGCAUGUUCAUUCAGAAACAAUUGCGAUCACAGGCAAAUGCUGGUGCUGAUCGACCCACACCUAUGCCAUCACUAAAAGAAAGUCAAGGAGCAAAACAAAAUGAGGAAAUGGAGCAAUUACGAAAUGCCGUUCAGCGUCUUAUGGCCGACAAUGAGGAGAAGAGCCAUCAAAUCAACAGCCUUCGCAAUGCACUAGACGAACAGCUUCGAUCCAGGUCUCAGCAAGAUGAUUUCUAUUCGGUAUCUCGAUGGAACGAACAACCAACUUACGAUUUGAAUACACAGAUACGGCGGUUGCUAUUGGAGGAACCAGCAGAACCAAUGACUCAUUCCACAUCUUAUCCCUUGCGGCUAUGCUCAUCGUCCUAUCAGAGACAAGCGGUACAGCCAUCCUCCUCUUUCACUUCAUCACUUUCAAAUGCCUCUUCAUAUCACAGUUGGUCACAAGGUGGUAAUCGUUUAUACCCUGCUGGUGUUGCUGGAACUCGAAGCGAACAGAACUAUCGCUCUCCAUCUUCUCCCGCUGCUCGUCAGCUGGCCGCUGAGUUGGACGAGUUACGGCGGAUAAGUACUGAGAGCCAUCGAAAUCCAUCAUAUUCUUCUACUAGUUUGCCGCGUGGGAUGGGAAACAAGGCAUCGUCUACGUUAGCUCUUCCGACAAAGAAAUAUUCGCUCACAACGGGAACGUCAGCUGUUGAAUCCGAUGACGAGGUAGCUAGAGGGGUUAUGAGAAGCACUCCAGCAUCUUCCCGGCAUAAUGUGGAUGAAAAACCCUUGAAAAGAGAUAGGACCAGGUCUUCUUUGAGAAAUUUGUUCAGCAAGCUAAAGCGGAGCACAUCACACGAUCGAGGGGGACUUUUGCUUGGAAAAGGAUCAUCUGCACGCUCUUCAUCUUCCAUUCCUCGGAUACCUGGUCCUCUAUCAGGCGGCGUCGAACUUUUUCCAACACUUUCGCAUUUCGUUGAUUGGACAUCCGAGCAGUUAGCUGAAUGGAUGGGUGAAGUCGGUUUUGCCCAGUACGUACCCGAAGUUGCAAAAAAUGUUCGAUCCGGGCGACAUUUGCUCAAUAUGAACAACCACGAGUUUGAGACGAUUCUUGGAAUGAAAGCACCCCUCCACCGCAAGCGAUUAAACCUUCUUCUACGAAGAAUUGAGGGUAAUUUUGAUAGUCCCGCAAGCAACUGGGAUGUACAACAGACGCAGAAGUGGCUCGAAGACAUUGGCCUUCCACAGUACAAGGAUAUUUUCUGUGAAAAUAUGAUCGACGGGUUGAUGCUACUUGCUUUGACGGCUGCGGACCUCUAUGACAUGCGGGUGGUAAAUGCUCAUCACUUUUUAUGUUUAUCGAGAAGCAUACAAUAUUUGAAGAUGAUCGACUUUGAUUACGAUUGCUUGGUUCGAAAAUUUGAUGAGUCCAUUAUCUCAAGUUAUCCUCGACCGGAUGCUGUUGUGCACUGGACUCAUUCGGCAACAUGCGAAUGGUUACGAAAAAUAGAUCUAGCUGAAUUCACACCAAAUCUCCUUUGUGCUGGGACACCUGGUGCUCUUAUGGUAUAUGAACCGACUUUUACUGCCGAAACCCUAGCUGAGAUACUACAAAUGCCUCCGCAUAAAACUUUGCUGAGAAGGCACCUCACAACUCAUUUCAAUCAGCUGUUGGGACAAAAAAUUGUAGCAGAAAAAAGGGAUUUUCUGGCAACUGGAACACAUCCACAACUAGUGCCUGGCGUAAGAAUCAAGAUUCUGAAGAAAGGUAUUUCUCUACCACGCAAGAAAGCGAAAACUGAAUUCUACGUGGAACCGACCGAACUACUUUGCCCAGCUGUUCUACGGCAUAAGUACCCGAACAAAAAUCAAACCGGGACCUUUGCCUAAUCAGAAUCUGAAACUCUACCAUUUUCUUCACAACUAUCACGUCGAAAAGGAAUUGUAUCGUCGCUCAAAACGACGGAAAUAUAUGUCACUUUUGUAGCUCUUGUGUUCUCCGUUUCGUUAGGGACUUUCUGAUUGUACGAUUACUGGUUUGUUUUGUUACACUAAUUGGUGCUUAAUUUGUAUAUCAAAAUGCUUUAAUCAUUAUACAUAAUUUGUUUAUUUGGAU